AUGAGUGAUGAUUAGCCUGAAGCAAACAGGCUAUCAGUUAAACAAUUGGCUGGAAGAUUUCAGUCAAUGAUGAAAGCUGCACCUGUUUAAUAACAACAGUAACCUCCUCCUAGAAAAUCUGAAGUUAUUGCUAGAAAUCCAUAGCAGUAAUUGUAAAACAAAGAAGAAACAAAUAAAGUUCUAAGCAAACUUGAAGUUGUUGAAAAUGACUAAGAUUCCAAUCAAAGGUCAAGUGAAACAAUUGAAUCAUUGCAAAAGGUUAUCGAGAAUCUUUAGAAAGAUUGCAACAAAAAGGAUUAGAAGAUUCAGGAUUUAUAAGAAAAUUUAGUCAUCAUGUCUGAUUAAAUGAAAUCUAGGGAAUCCAAGAUUAGAGAAGAGGUUUAAUAGGAAACGAAAGAAUCGAGUGAGUUUGGAAACGAGAGAGUGAAAUUAAUUACAGAAUUGCGUAAAUGUUAAGUAGAUCUAUAAGAAUCGUAAAAACAAAAUGCUAAUAAGUUUUCUCAAAUUUAAUAGUUGACAAACAAGGCAACUCAGAUAUAGAAUUUGUCUAAAUUAGAGAUUGAUAAAUUAAAGUAGUCGAAUUAAGAAUUAGAGGAAAAACUCUUAUAAAGUUAAUAAAAGGUAGAUUAAUUAGCUCAGAAAAUUGAGGAAUUAAAAGAAUUAAAUAGCUAAUUGAAUCUCUAAAAUUAGGAGGUUGAAGAUGUCAAAUAAAAAUUAGAAAAGGAAUUCUAGUAGAGAUAUGAUGAAGUCGAAUUUGAAAUUCUCAAUAAUAGAUAGAUUAUUGAGGAUCUUUAAAUUUAAUUAAAGGAACUUAAGGCACUAAACUUAUAAUUAGAAUCUGCUGCGAUUAAUGGAACAUUUGAUAUGAAAUAGCAAAUUAGUUUAUUGUAGGAUUAAACAAAUGAGUUGUAAAACUAAAAUCAAGAAUUAUAAUAAAAACUUCAUGCUAAAUAAAUAGAAUUUGAUCAAAUGAAUAAAGCUAAAUCUAGAGAAAUUGAAAAGCUUAAACAAGAUAAAAUUGAAUUGCAGUAAGAAUUAGAAUAAACAAAACAAAUAUCUGAAUAAACUUAGGCUGAAACUGAAUCUAAUUAUAAAAAUCAAAUGCUAAUAUUGUAAGACAAAUUUUAAAAAAGCGAGGAAUAAACAUCAAAAUUAAACUAGAAAAUCUAAGAAUUAUCUACUGAUCUCAUAUAGGAAAGAAUGCUCUACAAAAAUAAUGAAGCAUAGUUAAAUGGAGUCAUAAUUUAAUAGAAAGAUGAGCUAUCCUAAAAAUCAAGUCUGGUAUUAUAAUUGACUGAGAAAAUCAAGAUACUGCAAGAUCACUCUGUAUAAUAAGAGACAAACAUAUCAAAAAAUAUUGAUGACUAUAAAGUUUUACUUGACUAAAAUAAUCAAUAAAUCACACAAUUAUCUGAGUAAAUAAAGUCUUUGAAGAAGCAAUAAAGACAGUAGGAACAAGAAAAUAAAUAGGUGAUUUCUUAAUAUGAAUAAUAAAUUAAGCAAUAUUUGGCUGAAAUUACAUAAACCAAGAUCCAGAAAAAUGAAUCAGACAACUAAAGACAAAAUAGUGAGAGUUCAUUAAGCUAGAUUAUUGAGAAACAGAAAGUCUAAUUACAAUAAGCAAAUGCAAUUAUUUAAGAUUUGAAUAAUCAGAUUGAAUAAUUCUAAUAAAAUAUUUAAGAUUAAGAAGAACAAAGAAUGAGCGUGAUAUCAGUGAAAUAGUCCUUGUUAAUUGAGAAAGAAAGCCAAAUUAAUACACUUGAAUCUUAAGUUAUAAAAUAUUAAAAUGAAUUAACUCAAAAAUAAGACUAAAUUAUAUAAUUACAAUCAUAAUAUGAGAAAUAUAAAUAAGACUUUAAUUUAGCAACUGCUGAAAAGGAGAGAAAUACAAAAUUAACAAAUUAAUAACAUCAAGAAUUCUAGAAUAAAAUUUCUGAUUUGACUAAUGAAAUUAAUUAAUUAAAAUCAUUAGUUGAUAAGGCGGAGGUGGACAAGGAAUAAAAUAUCUAAUAGUAUAAUGAGGCAAAUCAACAAUUAAAAGAUUAAUUAAAUACAUAAAAUAAUUUGAUUUAAGAAUUGCAAGAAUAUCUAAAGGAAAGUAAUUCUAAAGAACAAUUAGCCUUAUAGAAGUCAACUCAAUAAAGCUUGGAAAUCAAUUAAUUAUAAUUGGAGAUUGGAAAACUGAAAAAUGAGUUAUCUUAAUAGGAAUAAAAGCAAUCCUAAACUAAUUUAGAGAAUUCUUAUAAGUUGAAGGAAUAAUAGACUUUAAAUGAAACUUUGAAGAAUGAACUUAAGUAAAUAUAAUUGGUUUAAGAAAAAUUAAAAUAAGAAAACUUUUAUUUAAACGAAUAAAUUAAUGAUUUACAAAUUAAACUACAAGAGAGUCAAGAAAACCUAAAAUAGACCACUUAAAUCAAUGAGACCUAAAAAGAAUAGCUUUAAAAAUUGAAUGAUUAAUUAUAUUAAGAAUAGCAGAAGGAAUCUGUAAAUUAAACAGAAAAAUUUUAUUUAUAAUAAUUAAUCUAAUAGCAUAAAGAUUAAGUUAACGAAGUUCAUGAAAAGAACAAGUUAAUAACUAGUAUUAGCGAGUCAAAAGAUAAAUAAAUAGAAGCACUUAAAAAAUAAGGAGAAGAUGCUCAAAAACAUUUUGAAUAAUAAAAAUAAACAUAAUAUGAGGAAAUGGUGUAAUUAAAAUAAAAAUAUGAAUAAUAAUUCCAUAUACUUGAUGACGAAAAAAAGAGCUUGAUAGCUGAAUAUACUAAUAGAAUUGCAAAUUUAGAAGAGAUCAAUAAUGAUUACUAGAAAAGUUCAUCAAUUGAAUAGAGUCAAUUCAAUUAAGAGAAAUUGAACUUAAAAUAAUAAUUAUUAGAUCAGUAAGUAAAAAUAGAAAAACAAUAAAAGGAGAUUGAAUAAAUGUAAAGUUAAUUGGAACAGAAAUAAUAGGAAAUCAUUUAGAUUAAUUUAAAAAAUGAAUGUGAAGUGUUAUAAUUGUCAGAAGAAUUAGUUUAACUGAAAUAAUUAAACACAAAGCAAGUAGAAGAGAUUAAUGAAAGAGAUCUAAUGAUCACUCUUCAUUAGACAUAAAUUAAUUUACAAGAUGAUUAAUUUAGAUUAGAAAUCUCAAAUUUAAAUGUUAAGAUAGAUAAUAUUCUAAAGGAGAAUUAAAUUUAAAUUGAAGUAAUAAAUGCUAAUCAUCAAAAGUAAUAGUUACAAAAAUAAAAUGAAAUUCAAGAUAGAGAAUAUUAAAUUAAGAAGCUUGAUCAAUAAUUGUUUGAUUAUUAAGCUUAGAUGGAAUAAAGGUUGGAAUAUAUUUAAUAAAAGGAGAAAGAAGUAGAAAAAUUAAGUCAAUAUAAUGAUGUUUUAGAGAAUGAUGCUUAAUAAAAAGAAUAAGAAAUAAUUCAAUUGAAAAAUCAUAGUCAAAAUUUAAAUUUUGAACUUGAGAAAUUCAAAUAAUAUACUUAAUUGGAAUAAGAAAAAUAAUAAUAGGUGAUCCUAGAAUUAAUUGAAAAUCUAAAGUAAUCAGAACAGUUGUUCAAAUAAUAAAACAAAUCUUUGGAAGAUUAGAUUAAGAGUUUAGAAUAGUAAAUAGCAAAUCAAAAUCAAAAGAUUGUUCAAUUAUAAGAUAGUAUAAAUCAAUUGAAUUAAAAGUAUUAAGAAUUAAAAAAUGAUAAAUAAUUGAAGGAAAGCGAAUAUGAAAAAUAGUUAUAAGAAUUAUAAAAUCAGAGCGACAUUUAAAAUGAAGCAAUCGAUUCUCAAAUCUAAACAAAUGUUGAAUAAUCAGACUAGAUUUCAAAAUUGGAACAGAAUAAGUAAUAAUUAUUAGAAGAACUUUAAAAUGUAGUUGAAGAAAAGAAACAAGUAGAAUAAACAUAUAAAUAAGCAAUUGAAGAUUUGAAGACAGUUCAAGAUCUUAGGAUAGCAGAAAUAAAUAAAAAGAAUUAGGAUUUAGUGCAACUUAAGAAUAUGAUCUUGAUAUAAAAGGAUGAAGAAAUGGAGGAACUACGUUAAUAGCUUUAAUAAAGUUAAGAAGAUUUUAUCAAAUAAUAAAAUCUGAAUGAUUCCUUAUAAAUCCAUUCAAGAGAAUUGAAGAAUAAAUUUGAUGAAUAUAUAGAGAUAAAGUUUUCAGAAGAGAAGCGAUUAAAUAACGAAUUAGAUUUGGCUGAACAAAAAAUUAAUGAAUUAUAAGAACAAGUUGAUUAACAUGCUGAAACCAUACAAAACUUAUAGGGAGAUAUUUAAAGAAAAGACUUAGAAUAUCUAUAAUUAUAAUCUCAAUUAUAGACCAAAAUCCAAUAGCACACUCUAGAACUUUCUGAUCUUGGCGGAAAGAUGAAUGAGGAAUAAUUAAAACAUCAAAUUGAAACUAAUCAAAAGCAGCAAGAGCUAAGUGACUUAAAUUCUUAGAUUAAAGAAGGUAAGGAGAAAAUUGAAGAAUUGUUUAACAUUAUUAUUGAUAAAGAAGCAAUAAUUAAGUCUUUGGAAGAGACAACUGAAGGAAAUACUAAUUAAGUGUAAUAGCAAAGUAUUAAAAUUCAAGAACUGUUAAAAUUUAUUGAAGCGCUCACCUUGGAAAAUCAAAAUAAGCAAAAGUAGUUAGAAUAAUCAGCCAAAAGUGUCAAAGAUACAUAAUUAGAAUUAGAAGAGUUGACAACUUAAUUGACGGAUCAAAUUGAAAAGUUUAAUCAAACUGAGGGAUCGUAUUUAAAAUUGCAGCAAUAAAAUAAAUCAUUGGAGGAACUUUACAAUAACACAUUGAAAUUAUUAGAAACAAAGGAGGAAGAUUUGACAUCUACAGUGAUAUAGAAGAAUGAAGAGAUUGCAAGUACUCAGUUAUAAUUAGAAAAGUUAAAAUAGGAGUCAGAAAAAGAGUAUAAGUAAUUGGAAGAUUAUUCAUAUGAAUAAUUAUUGAAGAAAAUGGAUGAUAUUGCUUAAAAAGAUUGGGAGAUUGAUCAACUCAAUCAAGAGGUUUAGGAUUUAAAGAUGAAAUUGUAGGUUGGUAUGGAGUGUAUUGAGCAGUACGAUAAAGAAUUAGACCAACAAAUAAUUGAGAUUGAUGAAUUAAAAUCUAAAAUCAAAUAGAAGGACAAGGAAAUCAAAGAAUGUAAUGAGAUUAUUGAAAAAUAGAAAUUAGAAAUUGAAGCUGUUAACAAAUAAAUGAAUGAAGAACUUUAAUUAGUAACGUAAUCACUCUAAGAAAAUUAAUCGAAUUAUGAUAUUGAACUAUAAGCUAAAUAAGCUAUUUUAAAUAAAAAAGAAGCUCAGAUCUUAAAUCUAGAUUUUCAGAUUGCAGAAUUCUUAUAAAAUUUAAAUUUAUAGAAAGAUUAAAUAGAUGAAUUGGUUCAAGAGAGAAAUGUGCUAAUUGAAAGAUAAAAGCUGUUAGAGGAUGAAAAAAAUGAGAGUGAUAAAGAAUUCAAAUAAUAAAUUUAGAGUUUUAAGGAAAGCUUUUCUGAAUUAGAAGAAAACUAUAAUUAAUUGAAAUAAUAACAUGACGAGGUAUAAAAUUAAUUUGUUUCUUAAAAAGAGCUGUAUAACAAUUUAUAACAAAAAUAUGAAGAGGAUUAAGAGAGUAGUUAAUAAUUAAUCUAAGAUUUAUAAAGUUAAAAGGAUAAAUAAAAUAUUGAAAUUUAAAAGUACAUAAAAGAAUCAGAACUUAAUGUUCAGAGAGCAAAUAAUAAAAUAAAUUAAAAAGAAGAAAAAAUAGUUCAACAAUAACAUUUGAUAGAAACUCUGUAAACUAAUCUCGAAGACAAAAAUUAAUAGUACGACGAAUAAGGAUAAAGGCUAUUUGAGAAAUAAAAUGAAUUGAAUUAAAUUAUUUUAGAAAAAUAAACUAAUGAGAAAAAACUUAAUUAAUAAAUUUAAGAAUGCAAUAAUAAAAUUGCUUCGUACAAUUUAGAAAUCGCAUAAUUAUCUUAAGUAAUAACACUAAAGGAGUCAGAAAAGUCUUCAUUGUCAAAAUAAUUUGAACAAACUUCAGACUAAUUAAAAUAACAGUUAUUCUAACAGACCUAAUUUAUUUAAGAACUUUAAGAUUACAUCAAUGAAAGUUAAGAAAAUGAAUCAAAAGCAGGAUAAAAGAUUAAUACUCUCAAUCUAUAAAUUAGCACAUUGGAAUUUGAAAUUUCUAAUCUUAAUUGCGAAAUUCUCAAGUUGCAGAAUACUAUAAAAUAAUAGAAAGAAGAAAAAUUAAGAUUGGAAGAGGAUCAUCAGCAAGAUAUUAUCUAGAUUCAGUAAUAAUUAUAGGCUGCUAUUAGUGCCAAUUAAUUGUUGAAGAACGAAGCUCAAAAGAAGUAGAUUAAUUUAUUUGAGAAUGAAUAGAAUCUGAAUAGCAAAAUAGAAUAAUAAAUUUAUGAAAUAAAGAUUUUAAAGGAAGAAAUUUAGAGGCUCUAAUUAGAAAUGUAAAGGCAAGUAAAAGAAAAUGAUUCUAAUCUAAUGAAUAAAAAUGAAAUGAUUGACCUAUUGAAGAAAUAGUUAAUUGAUAUUUAGAAUAGCGCUGCUAAUGCUGAAGAAAUGAAAGAUCUAAUUUAAAGGUAAUUACAAGACUAAAGUUAAUCUCAAGCUCAAUAAUUAAACUAACAAAUAAAAACGAGGGAUGAUCAAAUUGCAAAUCUUAAAUAAUAAAUUUAGUAAUUGUCUUAAAGUAAAUAAUAAUAAGAAUAGCUAUUAACUGAAUAAAUUAGUGUUCUGAAUUAAUAAAUAAGAUCAAAAAAUGAAUCUAUGAAUUAAUUAGAUGAGUCUAUAAAAUACUUUAAAAGUCAAAUUGAUUAAUCAAAUCUGACAACAACUUAAUUACAAUAAGAAAUAUAAAGUUUAAAUAUCAAACUUCAAUCUUCUAAAAAUGAGUAAAAUCAAAUUAAUGAAGAGAAUAAAGAAUUAUAAAAUAGAAUUGAAAUUAUCUAAUAAAUAUCAAAUACUGCGUAAUCAGAAUUAGAGAAGAUAAAGUAACAAAUUUUGAAAUUAGAAGAAGAAAAAUAAAGGCAAAGUGAGUAAAUAAAACUAAUGAGUUCUUAAAUCAAUGAUCAAAAUUCUUAAAAUUUACAAAUAACACAAAAGUUGUUGAGCUAAAAAGAGGAGAAGGAAUUAAUUGAUCUGUAAUAGAAAAAUAUUUCAGAAUAAUAUUAACAACACAGAGAAUAAUCAGAAAAACAGAUAAAUCAAUUAACAAACAACGUUUCAUAAUUAGAAUAGACUUUGUUGGAAACUUAAAAUAAUUUGUUGUUAGUGAAUAAAUAAAAAUCAGAAUCUGAAGAAAAAUUGAAUAAAUUAAGCCAAUAAUUCUAAAAUGUGAAUUCUUAAUUGUCAGAUUCAAGAGAUAAAUACGAAAGCGAGAAUUAACAAUAAUUAUAAUAAAUAAAUAAUCUUAGUUAAGAAAAUUCAGAAUUACAAUAGACUCUCAAUGAGAAAUUAGAGGAGUUAAGUAGGUUAUACCUUGAAAAUACCAAAUUAGUGUAAAAUUAGAAAAAGGUUGAUAAAUUGGAAAGUUAAGUGUCAGAAUUGAGUGCUCUAAAAGAAUAAAAUGCAAAGCAAUUAGAACAAUAAGAAUUAAGACUGAAAUCCUAGUAAUAAGAGUUGGAGUAAUUAAGAGAAAAUUAUAGUCUAUAAAAAAAUCAAUUGAAUUCUUUGAAUCAAUAAAUUGCAUAAUAUGAGAUAGAUAAGGAUAAAUUGAAUAAAGAGAUUAAGCAAUUAUAGAGUUAGAAUUAAAAUUAUCUGAGUCAAGUUUAAAAGUAUUAGGACUACAUAAAUUAAUAAUAAUAAGAACUUGAGAAAAAUACGAUAUCCAACAGAAGCAUUGUGAUUAAUGAUGCUUAAGGAUAAUAAUUAGAAGCAGAAUUAAAGAUCUUAUAAGUUAAAGUAUGUAUUCAAUUAAUUAUAUAGUUGGUGCAACAGUUAAAUAAUUACAAAUAGUUGAUUCAGGAUAAAAAAAAUUAAGAGAUAAAGGCCAAGAUCAAUGAGGAUUUAGAUUAGAUAAAGAAAGAUUAUGUAAUGGCUUUAGAGAAGAUAGGAAUAUUCAUAAGGGGGAUAGAAGAUUUAGAAAAAGUAAAUGGGCCAAAAAAUUAGUAUUAUAAUGAUUCUAAUUUUUAGAAACGAAUUAAAUAAAUCAAUAGCAGGACUUAAAGAUUUUAUUUCAAAGUUUGCAAGCACCAUUUUGAAAGAUAUUAAAUGA